AACGCGGCCGGGGCCAUCAGCGCGGCCACCUACAGCACGGUGCCCAAGAUCGCCUUCUACGCCGGCCUCAAGCGGCAGCACGAAGGCUACGAGGUGCUCAAGUUCGACGACGUCGUCACCAACCUCGGAAACCACUACGAUCCCACCACCGGCAAGUUCACCUGCUCCAUCCCGGGCAUCUACUUCUUCACCUACCACGUCCUGAUGCGCGGAGGGGACGGCACCAGCAUGUGGGCUGAUCUCUGCAAGAACAACCAGGUGCGUGCCAGUGCAAUUGCCCAAGAUGCUGAUCAGAAUUACGACUAUGCCAGUAACAGUGUGGUUCUUCACCUGGAACCGGGAGACGAAGUCUAUAUCAAAUUAGAUGGUGGGAAAGCCCAUGGAGGAAACAACAACAAAUAUAGCACAUUUUCUGGAUUUAUUAUUUAUGCUGACUGAUAAUGCAGAAACUAAGCUUAUUAUUCUGAGUCUGAACACUGGAUUCGUAUGGCUAACGUCAGUGAAUGAAGGAUCCCGGGGGAUGCACCUCAGUUGUGUAUAUGUGGGGAAAUCAAAUGCUACCUGAUUCACAUCUGUAUCACUCAGAAACAUUAUGUAAAAAAAAAAUAUUUAAAGCAACAUAAGCAGAUGUGUGAUCCACUACCGCCAAAGCAAAUACUCCUUAUUGUUAGUGUCCAUGUGAAUGAAGUCCUAUAUAGAUCACAAAUUUUUAUAGAGAAAUCUAAGACACUGAAUUAUCUCUUCAAUAUAUAUGAUACUUUGGUGUACUGUGAUCUUGCUGCUUUUAUCCAUAUGUCAGCUUUGGUUCUUGUGAGUUUACCUGCUUAUUACGAUACUUGGAGUCCAUUCAUAGUGUGGGGAAGAAUGUUUUCACCCUGCAGGAGAAGGUCUAAUUGAAGUAACACUGCUUGUCCCCAAAGAAAUUGUUUGCCUUGUACUCUUGUUAACUUUAGAGCUAGACCUGGGAAUGAUUCAACUUCAAGCCUUAACCUGGAACUUUCUGGAUUUGUGGGGAUUCCCAAGCCUAUGAUCAUUUUCACAGUUUCCUUUCCGUACAGAUAUUUUUCCUCCUCUCUCUUUUCUGGUGAUAGUCAUUAAAAAUUAGAGGUUGAAAUUGUGUCAUAGGAUUACUCUCCAAGUGUGAAAAUGUGUAAUUGUGUAUGGUACUUAGAAAAUUCCCCUUUGUGUCCAUUUUGUCAAUAGAACACAUUUAGAUUUACUUGGAAAGUCAGAGAAAUUCAUUCUUUGUUAUUAAGUCAGACUGAGGCUUCUGCCUUCUUUGGAACAAAGGAUUACUCAUAACCCAGUGCACAAAGGUUUAAUUUGAGCCCUGCAUGCAUCAUCAAGGGGACACUAAGGAAGGCCUUCAAACAGUUACUACAAAUCUGUGGCCUGUGGGUAUCUCAAAAUCAACCAUUUCACACAUAAGCAGUAUGACGGCAAAGUGUAUAUAUUUUAUAUGAAUACCACCAUACACAUAUUUAUAUACAUAUACACGUAUAUGUUAGAUGGGAUAUUAUAUACCGAUGGCUUCAGUCCAUGACGUACAGUGGCUGUACAGCUUCAAAAAUUUAAUUUAAAAAAUAAAUGUGUAUACACACAUGCGCACACACACACAGAAACACGCGAAAAUUAUUGGACUUAUUUUGGAUCAAAAUAUAUUUUAGGUGACAAAAAUAUAUGGAGUAGCAAAAUAAUCGAAGUGACUUCUCUUUAAGAGUUAUCCAGAAAAUUACAUCUUAGUAGGUCAAAGUGCCCUACACUUCACGUGUGAGCUAAGCCUAUGGUUACUUCAUUACCAUGAGACAAUCAGUACUUGCACUGCGUUCUUAGGAACUACAGCAACAAAGUCAGUCUCCGCGAUGUUUAUGAAUGACACACAUCUGAGCUGUCAAUGUUUCUUUUUUCUCAGGUGGACGGAAGCUGACAGUAUAUUUUGGACGUUAUGCAAACCCUUCCUCUCUAGUUAAAAUCCACUGCCAAACGCCAUCUCUUUCAUCUAAGAAAAAGAUUAAAAUGCAUGUUGAUACAUCCUAUCACACAAUUUCCAUUAUUACAAUGAAAAAAAAAUCUGUUCCUUUCAGUCGCCUCUGAAGACACUUUUGACAAGUAGAAUUCAAAAGCAAAGAUUUAAAAAUCUGCUUGUUUUACUGGUGAAGGACAUUUGCAUUUUUUUUUUUUCACUUAAAGGAAUUGGUUUGUUCUCAUGGCUCAUUCCUCGUUGGUACUUUCUGUUCUAAUACACAGAAAGCUUGAUCAUCUUUGAUCAGCUAAAAGUCUUUCAUUUAGACAACUUCAACUUUCCAAGAGUUAUGCAUGGUGUUCUCAUCUGAAGGUGGGGUUUGCUGUGUUUAAAUGCCUUGGUCUGAGUAACUGUCAUGAUUUCUAUGAUAAAAAACACUUGGCCCAUUCAUUAA